AUGCUUGAAGUACAAUUUGACCAACAAGCAAGUACUUCCAAUUCUAGGGAAAUGGGAAAGCUACCGAGCCAACCUCAAAAUCUAAGGGAGCAUUGUAAGGCAAUUGUCACCAUGAGUGGUAAACAAUUAGGUGGACCUAUAAGCAAGGUUGAAAAUGAGCUUGAUGAGCAAAAGGACGUUGAAAAGUCUAGUAAAGAAGAUACAUUGGAGAAAAAGGUUGAGGGAAAUAUCCAAGAAGCCCCUGAAAAGCAAGUUCUAUCCAAAACAUAUUCAACACCUUUGCCUUUUCCUCAAAGGUUCCAAAAGGCAAAACUUGAUCAACAGUUUGGAAAGUUUUUAGAUGUUUUCAAGCAGAUACAUCUCAAUGUUUCUUUUAUGGAGGCUAUAACUCAAAUGUCGGCGUAUGCCAAGUUUCUCAAAGAUAUCCUCUCAAAUAAAAGGAAACUUGAAGAAUUUGAAACGGUGGCUCUCUCAAAGGAAUGCAGUGCCAUUUUACAAAAUAAGUUGCCACCAAAGCUUAAGGAUCCAGAGAGUUUUUCUAUUCCUUGUGUAGUUGGUAAAGAAUCCUUUGAAAAAGCUUUAUGUGAUCUUGGUGCAAGUGUAAGUCUAAUGCCUUUAUCUAUUUGCAGGAGAUUGGAGCGUGGAGAAUUAAAACUUACAACAGUGACCCUACAAUUAGUGGAUAGAUCUAUAAAGUAUCCUAUAGGGAUAAUGGAAAAUAUGCCAAUUAAAGUUGAAAAAUUUUAUAUCCCUGUAGACUUUGUGUUUUUGGAAAUGAAAGAGGAUAUUCAAGUUCCUCUUAUUCUGGGAAGACCAUUCUUAGCCACAACAAGAGCAAUCAUUGACAUUAAAAAUGGAAAACUCACUUUUGAGAUUGGAGAUGAGAAAGUAGAGUUUAAUGUUUUUCGAAUGUCAAAGCAACCUAAUAUUGUGAAUUCUUGUUGUAGGGUUGACAUUAUUGAUGAUUGCGUGAAAGAAGUCUUUAUCAAGAAAUACCCUGAAGAUCCAUUCGAGUCGUGCAUUAUUCACAGAGCUUCAGUCAAAGAUGAAAAUAUGGAAAUUACAGCCUAUGCUCAGCUUAUGGAAGCAAAUCCUAAGGUUGCUCCCAUUUUGAAUUUCAAGUAUGAAGAACUCAAGACAGGUAACCAUUCUCUUUCUUCUCUUAAAGCGGAAGAUGCACCUAAGGUAGAUCUUAAACCACUUCCUGCUAAUUUGAGGUAUGCUUUUCUUGGCCCUAAUUCUACUUAUCCUGUGAUUAUAAAUGCUAAAUUAAAUGAUGGACAAGAAGAUAAGUUUCUUUGGGAACUUAGAGCGUAUAGAAAAACCAUUGGUUAUAACAUUCAUGAUAUCAAAGGAAUAAGCCUUACCAUUUGCAUGCAUCGCAUCCAUAUGCUUGAUGAUUUCAAACCUACCAUUGAACAUCAAAGAAAAUUAAAUCCUAUCAUGAAAGAGGUAGUGAGAAAUGAAGUCAUUAAAUUAUUGGAUGCAAGGAUUAUCUAUCCCAUUUCUGAUAGCUCAUGGGUAAGUCCAGUAUAUGUGGUACCAAAGAAAGGGGGUAUGACUAUUGUCAAGAAUGAGAAUAAUGAUUUAAUACCAACUAGGACAGUCACAGGGUGGAGGAUGUGUAUUGAUUAUAGAAAGCUUAAUAGAGCCACCCGUAAGGAUCACUUUCCCCUUCCUUUCAUUAAUCAAGUUUUGGAGAGACUAGCAAACUAUUCUUAUUUUUGCUAUCUAGAUGGGUAUUCGAGAUUCUUUCAAAUCCCCAUUCACCCAGAAGACUAG